UAAAAGCAAGUAAAACCAACGUAGAGGCCCCUGGAUGCUGCAGCAGCUCGACCCGGAAGUUGUGGUAUCCAUGGUAACAAGUGGAGGACGCUAAAGUAGUGAAGUACCUGCUGAAUGAGCCCAAACCGCCAGCUAGCAGAGUUCAAUGUCCAGCAAAGCGCUGAAAGUGGUCGUAGAAGUGAAGUUCAGGGCGGUUUCUUGUCCGGGCGUUCGGAUGCCAGCCAGGCAUGACGUCUACCUCAGCAUGUGCUUCAUGGGGCAGUACCGUCAUUCUGAAGACCUCCCUGCUGUGUUCCCUCUGCUGUUUAAUGAGAAGAUGACAUUUGAAAAGAUUUUCAGACAUGCACUGGAUCCUGGAGAAAUCACUGUGAUGCUUGCGUAUGAGACAGUCAGAAUUGAACUGGUUGAGCUGAUUCCUCCCAGGGGACACACGAUGGCCUGCUUUGAGGAAGAUGCUCGAAGUUUCUUAUUCCCAGAGCCCAAACUGGUUCCCUCCUUCUCCGGAGUAGACCGAGAGGUUCUCAUGACCCGAGCGUCUCAUUUUCCAGGCAUUGCUCCAAGGCUGGAGUUUUCCACUAAAACAACCAUUAUUGAAUGCUCAGCUGAUGAAGAGAUUAACAUUUACCCCAAUGUAUCCAUGAGACUUAAGAGAAACGAAAAGGGCUCUGGUAGACCCAGGACCUCCUCCCCUCAGAGGAAACAACCUCAAACCCUUGGAAGAAAACCACGUGGCAGGAAACGAGAAGGAAACACCAGGUCACUGUCACACAGUCCCAGGUCUCAGUCCCUGUCCCCAGUGAGAGCUGGAAACACUCAUCAUCCGGCUCCUGGCCUGGCAGAUUGGGACCGACCCAGCAACUCCCAGUCUAUGCUGGCUUCAUGGCCUGGAACCAGGCCAUCUGCCUUGACCUGCCACUCAGCGCUGCUUACCUCUUCACCUUUGGUCAAGCCUUCAUCCUCAGUGAGGUUCUCUCCAUCUGGCAGAAGAAACAUCUCUAUAACUGGUUUGAGUGGAGGAGUAUCUGAAGGUGAAUCCAGCUCUUCAGAACCAAAUGAUCCCCUGGACCAUUAUUAUAAGCCAGACCCUUCAGCAUUGUGGCUGUCUUAUAGAAAACAAGCUUCACAUAGCAGUUCUCACAGAGAAUGGGAAGAAGUCCAUGAGCGAGUUAGAGGACUACUUACAACACCAAAAGCUAUACGUCGACUUGGCUAUGAAAAGGGAAACCAGCAUUGCCUGUAAAGUUUUCACACCAUUGCUGUUGUUUCAUAUACUGCACAUUAACAGCAUUUAAAGAUAAUAAAUAAACUCAAUCCAA